UCGGCUGUCCGGGUACACGAUCGCUGGCCGUCGUCCCUUCCCCGAAAAAUACAAUCUCACAUUUACACGCCGACCGCCACUCUUGGGCAGUGAUUAUAUAUGUAUAUUUUUUUUUUUAUCACAACGGUCCGAACGGUUUUUUUUUCAAAUAUUUUAAAGCCCUUAUUGUUUAAUUUACAAUUGCAUUUUUACUUUUCCAUUUCUAAGUGUCCGGCACUACUGCGAGACUCUAGUGUUUGGAUUCCGAUGUCCUCGUUCGGUACGAUCGGAGGCAACGGGUUAUACGAGCGACGUGCCGGCAGCGGUGUGUGACGACCGCGAACCAUUGAGACAUCGAGCGCACGAUGAGACGCGAUGCGGUCCGCCAGCUCCGAACUGUUGCUGGACACCAAGCAGCAGCAGCUUCGCAAGAAGAAGCUGCUGGAAUUAGCGGCGGCCAAGAAGCAGAAGCGCGGCGCGCAACGGACCUUCCGGGAGAAGGUGUGGUUAUACUCUACGUUAUCGUUCGCAAUGAUCGCCGUUGGCUCCGGAUCGGCCCUGCUGUUCCUGGUGCCGCUGUACGUGGACCCGGCCGUGUCCACGCUGCUGGCCGAUUUCGUCACCGACCCGGUUCAGUGCACUACGGUAAGGCGCGAAGAACUGUCCGGUCUGUACAACUGCACGUGGAGCUCGUGUCGGGAAGGCUGCACCAGCGACGUGUACCGGUGCAGUCACAUAUACGUGGCCUACCAAGAGGCUGUCGACGGUCGGUUCGUGUCCGAAGCCGUGCUGCUGGUCAACAUCAAGGGUUGCGGUUAUCCGCCGGCCGUUUCCUGCGCCAACUUUACCGGCAAGUACGGUCAACCGGGCACCCGGUUCCCGUGCCACUAUUCCCGGCAAAACCUAACGCUGGUAGUGACCGACUACGACAAGCGGCAACAGUACACCGACAUCGUCAACUUUUUUGUCGUCCCGUUCACCAUAUGUGUCGUCAACUCAAUUAUCUUGUGUUUUAUGCACUGCGACUGUCAAACGGCGGCCGCUGCCUCCGCCGCCGGACACCCGGACAGGUGCAGGAGUUCCGCUGGACAUACCGAAUAUUACAGCGAUCAUUCCAUAAGCACUCGGGUAGAACGGCUGGACGAAGCAAUAUUGGAAGCGACAAGGACGUUGGGCGAGCCAAGUGGAUUAUGACAAUACUCGGAAACGAGCUGCUGAGUGCGUAAUAUACCGUCGCCGUCACGUAUAAACGCCGGGCCGAGCCGCCUACGCCAUCACUGCCUCCGGGACGUACUUCCAUGCAACGUGCGCCAUAAACAUCAUCUGUGAUUCGGAUCAUCGUUGCAUGUUUAUGCCGUACGAACGGCAAUAGUACAAUAACAACAAUAUACGAACAAAACCGUGUUUCGGUAUACCAAAAACAUGAUGAUAUAUUAUUGUUAUGAUGUUAUUCGAAUUGUUUUCGUUUAUGUUUUUUUCUUUUUAAUAAUGUUUAUAUCAAUAAGAAAUCGAAGUUUAUGUGUGUGUAUACAUAAACAAAUUUGAAUGAAAUUUAACGCACAUUUUAACGCAUUGGCGUAACUAGAUGAGGGGGGACGGGCUAGGGACUUUUUAAAUCUCGUUUAAACUCGUCCAAGCUCUAAAAAAAAUGUCAGCAGUCAAUCGGACACAGCCACCGAGUAAGGUUUAUAAUUUUUACUGAAAUUUUGACGGAGCUUUCGGAGUUUUUAAAAGUUUUGAACUUCCUUAGCCCCCUCUCUAGUUACGCCAAUGUUUUAAUGAAUACAAAAUAGAAAUAAUACUGUUUAAAAAAAACAAUUAUCGACUAAUCGUAUACUUUGUUAGUUAUUAUAAUAUUUGUCAAACAAUUAUGUAUAACACAAUAUUUAUAGUAAAACCAAAUGAUCGGUCGUGUGCAAUUGAUGUUGUAUAUACAAAAACCGAUUAUUCAAUUAUUUGUCCAAAAUGUCAAAUAAUAAAGCCGUUUCAAUAAUCAAUAA